AGACGAAAUUUGUGAUCCCAGAGGAGCUACACGUGUUCUCCACAGCGCGCCCAGUUGGGGCACCUCCCCACCACCCGGGCGGGCCGUGACAGCAGCGCUCAGCCCCCCCUGGCCACUUCCGGUGUCACUUCCGCGCUGGCGCUGGCCGGCCCGCAACGAGUUCUUCCAAUCAGGUGGCUUAUCUCUGACGCCGCUCCGACCCUGCUCAUCGGCAAGUGACUGCUCCGGGUGACUAUGGCGCUCCGAGCGGCCGCAUGCGGACUGGCCGAGAUGGCCCUGGACGUUGACGGAGCCUGCUGGGACCCCCCGGAGGGUCGGCGGCGGCCCCGAGGCCCCCGGCGCCCGCGGCGGGCCGGUGGCUGGCGGCGGGAGUAGACGGCGGCCGGCGGCCGCGGUUGCCAUGAGCCCCCUAGGGCUGCUGGCGCUCGUCGCCUCGACGCUGGCCGUCGUCGGAGCUGCUCAUGGUGGCCACGCGCACGGGCACGCGCGCGCGCCGCGCAUCACGGAGCACCCGCAGUCCAUGGUGGUGCCGCGCCACGACCCCGUCACGCUCAAGUGCGGCGUGGAGGGGCUGGAGGGCGGCGGCGUCGAGUGGUGGAAGGACGGCGCGCCCAUCCGCACGCACGGCCCGGCGCCGCACCGCAUCAUCCUGUCGGACGGCUCGCUCUUCCUGCUGUCCGCCUCGCAGCGCAGCAAGGACCGGCGCGACUCGGACGCGGGCGUGUACUGGUGCGUGGCGCGCAACGCCUACGGCAACGCCACCAGCAGGAACGCCACGCUCGAGGUGGCAGUUCUGAGGGACACGUUCUCGGUGGAGCCCCGGAGCAUGCGGGUGGCGCAGGGGGACGACGCGCUGCUGGAGUGCGGGCCGCCCAAGGGCCAGCCCGAGCCCGCCGUCACCUGGACCAGGGACGGCGAGACGCUCGACCUGGACGGCAGCAAGCGUUUUCGUCUGGCAGACGGAUCCAACCUGGCCAUCGAGAGCGUGCACACGUCGGACAGGGGCAUCUACCAGUGCGUGGCGACCAACAUCGCGGGCAGCAGGGAGUCGAAGGAGGCGCACCUCACUGUGCACGUUAAGCCGCAGAUCGUGGCCGGCCCCGUGGACACGGUGGUGCUGGCCGGGUCGCCGCUGGAGCUGUCGUGCCGGGUGAGCGGCGACCCCCUCCCGGAUGUGAUGUGGCGGCGCGAGCGCGGGAGCAUGCCGCUGGCGCGCGUGCACGUGCUCGACGACCGCACGCUGCGGGUGCACCCCUCGCACCCGGAGGACGCCGGCGUCUACAUCUGCGAGGCCGACAACCCCGUCGGCACCGUGUCCGCCUCGGCCAGGGUCAUCGUCCACUCGCCACCGUCGCUGUCGCACCGGCCGCGGGACGCGAGCGUGGCGCUGGGCCGGGACGCGACCUGGGAGUGCGGGGCGGCCGGCGUGCCUCGGCCCAUGGUGUUCUGGGCGCUAGAGCCGCCCCGGCCGCCGGCCGCCGCCGUCCCCGGCGACGCCCCCGACGGCCCGGACAUCCCCGACGCGCCACCACCGCAGCCGCCCCCGCCGCCUCCGCCGUCGUCCACCAACUCGGAGCUCCGCGACGACGGCCAGGCCGGCCGGGUGCUGCUCUUCAAGGGCGACCGCCGCGGAAGGUUCCUGGCGUCCACAUCGCCGUCGGGCAACGCGCUGCUGGUGCUCAAGACCGUGGGCCGCGAGGACGCCGGGCUGUCGGUGUGGUGCUCGGCCGUGUCGGACGUGGGCAGCGUGUCGUGGCGCGCCGUGCUGUCGCUGCGCGCGCCCGACCCGCGGCCGCCGCCCGUCAUCGCGCUGGGCCCGCUCAACCAGACGCUGCCCGUGCGCUCGUCGGCCACGCUGCCGUGCGUGUGCUCGCCGCAGCCGCCCGGCCAGCCCGCGCCCGUGCUCAACUGGUACAAGGACGGGCUGCCCGUCGUGCCCGUUUUUAAAUGGAACCGAAGACAACGUUCUAAUACUUGUUUCCCGUUUAAAUCUCUCUCCACAGAACUGGACCGCAACGACGCGGGCGUGUACACGUGCGUGGCCUCGUCCCGCGCGGGCAAGGCCACGUGGUGGGCGACACUGCGCGUCGAGGCGCCCACCAACCCCAACAUCGCUUUCUACCGCGCGCCCGAGCCCAGCUCGUUCCCGGGGCCGCCGGGCCGGCCGCACGUCGUCAACGCCACCGCCUCGGCCGUCACGCUGUCCUGGACCCGCAACAACCGCAUCGGAGCGUCCAGCCUCCUCGGCUAUCAGGUGGAGUACUACGGCCGCGAGACGUCCUUCGGCGAGCAGCAGGAGGCCGCCGCGGCGGCGCCGUCGACGCCGUCCUCGUCGGCCGCGUGGCACCUGGCGGCGCGGCGUGUCAACGGCCCCACGCACACGGUGCGCGGCCUGACGCCCGGCCUCACGUACGUGUUCCUGGUGCGCGCCGAGAACAGCCACGGCCUCUCGCCGCCGUCCAAUCUGUCAGAGCCGGUGGCGCUGCACGGUGGCGCAGGGCUUAACGGCGUGGACGCGAGCAACGACGUCGACGGCGACCUGGAGGAGGCGCGCGACAGCCUGCUGUCGGACCAGGCCGUGCGCCUGCUGGACGCGGCGCCCAACAGCUCCACGGCGGUGCGACUCAGCUGGGAGAUCCUGAGCCCCGCGCACGUCGAGGGGCUGGUGCUCCACUGGCGGCCCGUCCUGGAGGACGAGGGGCACGUCGGCCCGGACCUCACGCGCGACGUCGGAUACGUGCCGUCCGAUGGCGAGGCGUCGGCGGGCGCCGAGGACAAGGCGGAGGCCGACGUCCGCGGCGGGGCGUCCACCAGGACGUCCACCUCCAGGACGACGGCGCCGCGCGCUUUGGGCGGUCCGGGCUCGGUGACAGUGCUGCAGGCCGGCAAGGCGUCGGGCUUCCUCGUCAUCUCGCUGCGGCCCUACACCACCUACACGUUCUUCGCCGUGCCCUUCUACAGGGGGCUCACCGGACAGCCCUCCAACUCCAAGUCUGCCACGACGCUCGAGGAUGUGCCAACUGAGCCGCCGACUAAUAUCGACGCCAUCCUCAUCAACUCCACCGUCGUCUACAUCAAGUGGGACCCCCCACCGGCCGGCAGCGUCAACGGGGAGCUCGCCGUCUACCAGGUGAGUUCGUGGAGGCAGCGAUGGACUAGGGGGAGAACAACUAAGAACGCGCAUCCCGUGUGCGGCGUAUGCGUGUGCUCGCGCUCCAACGGCGCGGUCCUGGUGACGCCACUGAGCUUCAAGCCCGAGGACAGCCUCGGCCACGGCCUGGGCCACGGCCUCGGCAUCGUGCCGCCCGGUGGGCCCAAGCCGCUCGUUCUCUCGGGCCAGGACGCGUCGCUGUGGAUCGAGAAGAGGCUCGCCGACCAGGUCGGGCCGCACGCCCCCGGCUGGCGGCUCUCGGACGUGUCGUCGGUCGCCCCCCUCGGCGCCGGCCUCGGCCCCGCCCUGGGCGCGCCCGGCGCCUCGCAGCAGGCCAACCUGCCCGACUACUCGGAGGUCGUGAGGCUCAUGGCCGGCGACGGCCACCCGCAGCCCAACAGGACAGACUGCACCUCGGCGAUGCCGGACUACGCCGAGGUGAACGCCAGCCCGUACGCCAUGACGUCCUUCCACGGCUCUUGUCGCGGCUACGACGGCAGCGGCGGCAGCUGCAGCGGCGGCAGUGGCAGCUGCAACAGCGGCAGCAGCGGCGGUGGCGGCGGCGGCGGUGCAGACUGCGGCGCGGCGCACACCAGCUCCAGCUCGGCCAGCGACGCGGCCUCGGCGGCGCCCUACGCGUCCACCACCCUCAUGGUGCGCGCGAGGCCCAGCGGGCCCGGCGGGCCUGGCGGCAGCAACAUGAGUUGGGAUUACGCUAUCUCGAGACAACAACCUCAGCAGCAACAGCAGCAGCAACAACAGCAGCAGCAGCAACAGCAGCAGGCUGAUCAGGCGGGCUACGGCGGCUCCUGCUGCCUCCAGGGGGAGGCCUGUUACUCGGAGAGCUGCUACGGCAACAACGAGUACGAAGAGUGCAGAGGUGAGUCUGCCGUCCCUUUCUUUCUUUCUUACCCUCCCCCCUCGCCUCUCUUUAUGUUUUUCUUUCCCUUUCUCUCACCCUUUGUGCGCGCGGCUCCUCCCCUCCUCUCCUUCUCCUCCUUCAGCUAUCGCGUGUGGGUGUGCGAGGAGCGAGGAGUCUCUGUCUCUCUCUCUGUCUCUUCUAUCUCCAUUUUCCCUCUCUCUCCCUCCUGGUAGC